AUGUCGGUGUUAGGUAAAGAUCCAGACUCCAACAUGCAAGUUGCAAACCUGGAGAACCUACCCUUCUACAUGGAAGAUGUCAAUAUCAAACCGGUCAUCCCACUGCCAACUAGCAUCGGCGACUCUUGGGAAAAGAUCAGAGCCCAGUUGCUCCGACGCUCCACUUCUCACAUGCAAUUCCGAGCAAUGUGGGAUGGAUUCAGUCACAAUGAUUGGUGCAAACUCAAAAGUCAGAAGGAACUCAACGUCAUGAUCAUCCUGAUCCAAGCACUAGGAGAAGGGAAAUCAGCCCUCCUCCAACUAGCCAAAGACCGUGUUGACUGGCCAAACAAAUACGUGAUUCAACUAUCCCCAACUGAUGCACUCCAGCUCCCAAGCUUUGAAAACCGCUUGCAAGGUGUCUUCUACGGCACAGAAGGCAGGAAGUCAGCGUACGUUUGGAAUCUAAUGCCGGUCUUCAAAGCUGAAGAACUCCACCUUGUUGGACGCUUCCUCAAGCUCAAAGCCCACUUACCUGCCUGUGGUCCGAUCAACCCCCAAGACAAUAAGAAAAGUUUAACAGUAUCCCGACCUAUAACGGUGACCUUACCUUUUUUUAUCACGUCUAUUCCAACCAGGGAAGUGCCAAUGAAGCUCUGGAAGAGCCCCAACAACAACCACUUACAAGGUAUGGUCUGUGGCCAUCCUGUCCAACUCAAACUCCUCUCAGCCUGCCAAACUUGCGGCUCUGAGGAUCACAACGUUGCCCACUGCCUCUACACCGACCAUCUCUUGGGUGCACCUGCCAUACCGGAGAGUCGGACAACGAGAUUAUGGAAAUCAGUAACAUUCCUGAACCAAUCUCCAAGAAGAAAAAAGAAAGCCUAUAAACCGGCAUCUGAAGUAUCCACCAUCAAACAACGUGGUAAUGGUUGUCCAGUUGCCUCUUCCUCCCUUGAGUAA